CGCCGCCUCCGUCGUUUCGGGCCGGCCGGCACCAUGCUGCGAGCGUCUGUGCUCCUGCUGCGGGGGCGCCGGGCGAGCAGCAGGAGUUCUCUCCCGGCGUGCUCUGGCCGGCGACGCUACGGUUCGAGUUGCGUUAGCGGCCGCGACGGUUCUGGGGAUGCGCGCGCCUACUUCACCACCCCUAUUUUCUACGUGAACGCGGCGCCGCACAUCGGGCACCUGUACUCGGCGCUGCUGGCGGACGCCCUGUGCCGCCACCGUCGCCUCCGAGGUCCCAGCGCCACCGCCCCGCGACUGUCCACUGGGACCGACGAACACGGCCUCAAGAUUCAGCAGGCGGCAGCCGCGGCAGGCCUGGCCCCCGUCGAGCUGUGCGACCGAGUCUCUGCCCAGUUCCAGCAGCUUUUCCGGGAGGCUGGCGUCUCCUCGACCGACUUCAUCCGCACCACGGAGGCUCGGCACCGGGUGGCUGUGCAGCACUUCUGGGAGGUACUCAGGACCCGGGGGCUGCUCUACAAGGGGCUCUAUGAAGGCUGGUAUUGCGCCUCCGACGAGUGCUUCCUGCCCGAGGCCAAGGUCACCCGACAGCCAGGCCCGACUGGGGAGUCGUGUCCUGUAUCUCUUGAGAGUGGGCAUCCCGUGUCCUGGACCAAGGAAGAAAACUACAUUUUCAGACUUUCCCAGUUCCGGGAGCCACUGCAACAGUGGCUGCGGGACGACCCUCAGACCAUCACCCCGGAGCCAUUCUAUCGCGCGGUCCUUCAGUGGCUGGAGGAGGAGCUGCCAGAUCUGUCAGUGUCCCGCAGGAGUAGCCACUUGCAUUGGGGCAUUCCGGUACCCGGGGACGAUUCGCAGACCAUCUACGUAUGGCUGGAUGCCCUGGUCAACUACCUCACCGUAAUUGGCUACCCAAACGAGGAGUUCAAGUCUUGGUGGCCAGCUACCUCUCACAUCAUAGGUAAGGACAUUCUCAAGUUCCACGCCAUCUAUUGGCCUGCUCUCCUCUUAGGGGCUGGAUUGAGCCCGCCACGCCGCAUCUGCGUCCACUCCCACUGGACGGUGUGUGGCCAAAAGAUGUCCAAGAGCUUGGGCAACGUGGUGGAUCCCAGGACUUGCCUUGAGCAUUACACGGUGGAUGGCUUCCGCUACUUUCUUCUUCGGCAGGGCGUCCCCAACUGGGACUGUGACUACUACGACGAAAAGGUGGUGAAGCUGCUGGACUCAGAGCUCGCAGAUGCCUUGGGAGGGCUCCUGAAUCGGUGCACGGCACGCAGAAUAAAUCCUUCCGGGACUUACCCAACCUUCUCUUCUGCCUGCUUCCCCAGUUCCCCAGGCUUGGUGGGGCCUUCCGUCCGGGCCAGAGCAGACGACUAUGCUCUGGUGAGCGCAGUGGCCGCUUUGCCCAAGCAGGUCGCCGACCACUUUGAUAAUUUCCAGAUCUAUAAGGCUCUGGAGGCAGUGUCUAGUUGUGUCCGGCAAACUAAUGGUUUUGUGCAAAGACACGCACCCUGGAAGCUGAGCUGGGAGAACCCGGUGGAUGCACCCUGGCUAGGUACCGUGCUUCAUGUGGCCUUGGAAUGUUUGCGUGUCUUUGGAACUUUGCUCCAGCCUGUCACCCCAAACCUAGCUAACAGGCUGCUGUCCAGGCUCGGGGUGUCUGCCGCAGAGAGAGGCCUUGGAAGGCUCUCUUUUUUGCCUAGAUUUUAUGGACGCCCAUGCCCUUUUGAGGGCAGGAGGCUGGGACCUGAAACUGGGCUUUUGUUUCCAAGGCUAGAUCAGUCCCGGGGUUGGCUGGUGAAAGCCCACAGGACCUAGAAACUGUUCUUAAUGACUUGUUAAAAAACAAAAACAAA